CGGCAGAUUGAGGAACUCGCGGUAGCAACCAUGAAGGAAGGGCUUGACGUCGUGAAAUCGGAGAAGGAGGAGAAGAAAAAGAGGAAAAUGGAGAAACAGGAACGAUUGGAGAGAGACGAAGAAGAAAGACUAACAACUGAGGAAGCACGCCAAACGACUAUUCGACAGGCCGAACGUAAAGAGGAGAAGUUAAGGAAGGAGAUGGAGAAAAGAGAGGCAUUGAGAAAGGAAAUGCUGAUGGAAAUCUCUCUCCAUAUGGGCCGGUUGGGCGAAUCGUUACAAAGCAGAUAUGAACGGGAUGUGAAGGCGCGAGUGAAAGGGAAACAACGAGUAGUUGUGUCGUCAUCAGAUGAUGACUAUGCCGAAUUUUAUGACAGUGAUGUCGAUACGCUUAGCUGCCAAACGGAGAAACUCGUUAUCACCGAGAAACGCACAUGGAGUACCGAGAAGCCAGUGGGGGAUAGUCCUCCCAUGCAGACACCGGCGAAGCGCGUUGCCAAUGGAGGGAGGUGGGGAGGAGGAGGAGGAGGAGGAGGAGGGGAGGAGGGGGAGAAGGAUGACCGCGUCCUUGGUGGCCGGGGGAGGCGCGCCGGCUUACUGCACACGUCGCCGACGUUGAGAGCUCUCGCAGCUGAAGGACGAACACGUGGCGGAACAGGGAAGGUCUGACAUGCGGCCGGCUGCUUAUGGGAGUCGCUGCUUUUGGGCGGCGGCGUCUUCGUCGGAAUAUACGUGAUUCUGCCUGCCUUUUCUUUUUUCCUUCAUUCUCUUUCCUUCCCUCUUUCUCCCCUCGCUGCCUCUCCCUGUUCCCUUCUCUCCAUCUUCCCUUCUCUCUCUCUCUCUCUCUCUCUCUCUCUCUCUCUGUGUCUAUCUCCCCCUUCGUCUUUCUCCUCUCUGACGCCGGUGUAGCAGGCCAGGUAGGCGGGCGAAUCUCCCUUUCCACACCUCGUUUCGAUCGCUCGGUUGGGCCGGCGGAUCGCGGGCGUAGGAGGCGAGCGAGAGCGGCAAGAGGUCCUUCGUGCGGCAGGAGGGUUGCCGGCCACCCUUGCCUUCCCUUUCUGAGCGUGCGGUUGCCCGCUUGCUGAGCCUGUUUCCGUGUGGGUGUGGGUGUGCCUGCGUGUGUGUGUGUGUGUGUGUGUGUGUGUGUGUGUGUGUGUGUGUGUGAGAGAGAGAGAGAGAGAGAGAGAGAGAGAGAGAGAGAGAGAGA